UUGACCACACAAACAAAACAAAAAUCAAAGAUGUUGAUGGCCGUUCUCAUUUCCAACUCUGUCGGUAACAUUCUCGUCGAACGAUUCAAUGGCGUUCCUAUGGAGGAGCGGCUGCAUUGGCGGUCUUUUUUGGUGAAACUGGGAGCAGAUAAUCUAAAAGGAGCAAAAAAUGAACAGCUUUUUGUCGCUUCACACAAGUCGGUUUAUGUUGUUUACACCUUGUUUGGAGACGUCUGCCUUUACGUCAUUGGCAAGGAUCAAUAUGAUGAACUUGCUUUGGUAGAGGUGAUCUUCGUUAUAACCGCAUCAAUCAAGGAUAUAUGCCGAAAGACUCCAAGUGAGCGCUCAUUUCUUGACAAGUAUGGAAGGAUUUGUCUGUGUCUUGAUGAAAUUAUUUGGAAGGGAAUCUUGGAGAAUACAGAGAAAGAUAGGAUCAAGAGGUUGACAAGGUUGAAGCCUCCAACUGAGUUUUGAACAACAAAUGGCGUCGCUUGUAUGCAUCGAUCUGACUAAUAAACCUGCUGCAGAUAGUUUGAUAUCCGCGCCCUUUACAAGAUGAAAGCUGAUUAGUGUACCACUUUCAUGCUUACGCUUUCAACUGUUGUCUUGUAAUUAAUUUUGUUAGCAGUAACACAGAUUAUCGUAUUGUCUUUCAAGUCGAAAUAAUCUUCAUUGGAAAGUAAGCAAUAAAAGUUUCAAUGCUAUUGUGAUU